AUGGAGAAACGUAUUUUAAAGUUUGAAUUUGAUGUUGGUACAAAUCGAUCAGAAAUUGGACAAACUGGUGAAGAAAUUGGUAAAGCAAUGGAACUUGUUCAACGUGAACGUGAUCGUGAUGUUAAAGAAAAAGAAGAAUUACGUCAUUUAAAUGAUCGUUUUUCACAUUUUCUUGCUAAUAUUGAACAAUUAAAACGUAUUAAUGAACAAUUACAAACACAAUUAAAAGAUGAAUUUUCUAAAUGGGGAAUAUUACCACGUGAUGAAAAUGAAUUACGACAAAUAAUUAAUCAAAUUAAUGAUCGUGCUAUAAAACGUGCUACUGAUGAAGUACGUUCACGUUCUUGUGAACAAGAAAUUAUUAUAAUUAAUCGUACAAUUGGUUUAUAUGGAAAUAUUCAAGAUAUGUAUAAACGUAAACAAGAAAAUUUACGACAUCUUAUUGAUAAAUUACAAGAAGAAUUAAAUCGUAUGAUACAACGUGAACGUGGAAGUGAAGAAGAAUUAUCAAGUAUACGUGAUGAUUUAAUAAAAGAAUUAAAUAAAUUUCGUGAACGUUUACAAGAUUGGUUACGUUUAGUUAUUGAUAAACAAACAUUAUUAGAUGAUAUACAAUCAUUACGUGAACGUAUUAAUUUAAUAAAUGCAUUAAAUGAUGAAGAAAUAAAUGAAUGGAAACGUCUUUUAGAUCAAUCAAAAGAUGAUUCAAUGUCAUUUUAUCGAGAAGAAUUAACAAAUGCUAUACGUGAUAUUAAACGUGAUUAUUCUAAACAAGCAAAAAAAUUUCAAGAUGAACUUGAAUAUCAAAUUGAAGGACAAUUACGUAUUGUUGAAAAUCAACUUAAACAAAUGACUGGAUUAACAGAUAAUUCAAUACAAGAAUCUGAUAAACAAAGAAUUCAAGUUGAAGAAACAAAAUUACGUACAAGCAUGGAAGAAUAUGAUAAAGAACAAUUUCAAUUAAAUAAUUUAACAAAAAUUUUAUCCGAUAAACGUCGUUUAUUACGUGAUGAAGAAACAAAAUUACAUGAAAUUGAACGUAGAAUUCGUGAUAAACAAAUACAUGAAAGAACAAUAGCUGAAAAACUUAAAAAUGAAUAUGAUGAUUUACGUGGACGUUUUGAACAAAUGGCAUAUGAAUUACGUUUUAGUAUUGAAGAUGAACUUCGAAUUUAUUCUCGAUUACUUGAUGAACUUAUGAAAAAAUCAUCUAUAAUAAAUUCUUCAACAAAUCAAUCAAAUGGAAAUUCAAUAUCAACAAUAAUUCGUUCAAAUGGAAUUGAAGAUCAUAAUAUAUCAUCAAAUUUUCAACAUACAAAUAAUAAUUUAAUUACUAAUAAUACAAAUGAUAUAUUAGAUUUAGCAAGUAAUCAUAGUGGAUGGCCACAUACUAUAAAUAUAAGUGAAAGUACAGAAAAUUUAUUUAAAAUAAAUGAAAAUGAAAUUCAAGAAACCUAUGAUGGUAAUUCAAUGAUUAGAUCAUCAUCAUAUUCUAAACUUGAUUAA